UUAAAUUAGGAAGAAGGUGCCACUGACGAGAGCUCAACGUGGUGUCUGUUUCAGUGGCUACGUACAGAAGAGAGGCUUGGUUGGAGGUGCGAGAAAAGGAGGGAGACAGUUGAGCGAGCGCACGAACAAUUGCGCACACGUAUAGUUAUUUCUCAACAGGUCUAGUGUGGUUUGAAGAAGACCUGUCUCUCUAUUUCUUCUCCUCUCUCUUCUUCUCUCUAUUAUUCUUCCUCUUCCACCGUAAAGCUGUAGGCUCCGACGCGCUCUGUAGUGACUCCGCUCUCGCGCAGCUGAGCUCCACUCCGCACUGCGAUUCAUUGACCGCACGGUUCCUCUCCGGUAAACGGACACUAAAACCAGCCCCGACGCCCGGACCAGAGCGCUCGCCGGGACACGGAGACGUGUUUUGGAGGAGUCCACCACCCCCACCACCCUCACCAACACCCCCGGAGCGGACGACAAAUGCUCGACGAGCCCCGCGGCCGGUGCCCCCAGACCCGCAGGGGAGGGAGCCACGCAGAGCAGUGAUGGGACAGUUUUCGGGAGGAUGCUACCUGACUUUUUCCAUCUUCGUGCUUCUUGGUUUGAGAGUCCCGGCCACGUUAGCCAGAGGUCCUCGAGGUGAAGCCCUGCAGCAUGGCCAGUCUGGGACCCUGCCCCACUUUUUGGAGGAGCCCGUCGACGCCUACAUUGUCAAGAGCAACCCCAUCAAGCUCCGGUGUCAAGCUCGGCCCGCUCUGCAGAUCUUCUUCAAGUGCAACGGUGAAUGGGUCCACCAGAGCCAGCACAUGUCUCAGGAGCACACUGACCUCGGGACAGGCCUGAAGAUCCGUGAAGUGAUGAUCAACGUGUCGCGUCAGCAGGUGGAGGACUUUCAUGGCCCAGAGGACUACUGGUGUUUGUGUGUGGCCUGGAGUCACCUGGGAACCUCCAAGAGCCGCAAGGCAACUGUCCGAAUUGCCUACUUGAGGAAGAACUUUGAGCAGGACCCCCAAGGCACUGAGGUGCCUCUGAAUGGCAUGAUUGUGUUGCACUGUCGUCCCCCAGAGGGAGUGCCUGUGGCUGAGGUGGAAUGGCUGAAAAACGAGGAGCCUCUAAGCUUUGAUGACGACGGCAUCAGUGAUUCAAGAGGUGACCAUAACCUCAUCAUCUCAGAAGCCCGCCUCUCCGACUCUGGCAACUAUACAUGUGUUGCCAGCAACAUCGUGGCCAAGAGGCGGAGUGCCACAGCGACUGUUGUAGUCUACGUGAAUGGAGGUUGGUCAUCAUGGACAGACUGGUCUCCCUGUAAUGUGCGCUGUGGUCGGGGUGUGCAGAAACGUUCCAGAACGUGCACAAAUCCAGCUCCUCUCAAUGGAGGAGCCUUCUGUGAGGGCAUGUCAGUGCAGAAGAGCACCUGCAACACAGUGUGUCCAGUCGAUGGCAGCUGGGGAGAAUGGAGCGAGUGGUCAUUGUGUAGUUCCGAGUGCGAGCGGCAGCGCAGCAGAGAGUGUACAGCUCCGGAGCCCAAACAUGGAGGACGACUGUGUGACGGCGUGGCGCUGGCGACUGACAACUGCACGGGCGGCCUCUGCACACAAAAUCGAAAGUUGCUCCAUGACGCCAAGCCACAGGGUGUGGAGACCAGCAGUGAUGUGGCCUUGUAUUCAGGCCUGGCUGCAGGCGUGGUGACGGUGGUGCUGCUGAUCGUCGCCGUCACUCUUUACCGGAGGAGCCAGAGUGAGUACGGUGUCGAUGUCAUCGACUCCUCGGCCCUCACUGGGGGCUUCCAGUCCUUCAGCUUCAAGACCUCUCGUCAAGCGAACCCCCUGCUCAUUAAUUCAUCCAUGCAACCUGAUCUGACAGUGUCACGUACCUACACCAGCCCCAUGUGUUUUCAGGACUCCAUUGACAAGGAGCUAAUGGCUGAGCGCUCACUCCUUGACCCGCUGCCUGAUCUUAAGGUCAAAGGGGCAACAGAAAGGGCAGAGUACCACGUCAUGUCCCACCCCCAGACAUUUCCAAGGGGCCUGGCUCCAGACUACAGAGGGGUUGCAGUGGGGACAACACUAGGAAGAAGAGGCAAAAACCUUUUUGCUCCACAAGUCUCUCUGACUCCCAGCUGGCCUCUGCACAAAGCAACUGCAGUGUUUGGCCAUGCUGGAGGCAGACUGAUGGUACCCAACACAGGUAUCAGUCUGCUGGUGCCUCAUGGGGGGAUUGCAGAAGACACUACCUGGGAAAUGUACAUGAGCAUCAACCAGGAGGACAGCAGUGCUGUGUCCGAGGAUGGGCCAGAGAUCUUUUUGAGCGCCGCAGUCAUGUACGGCCCGCCUGGCCUCGACCUGUCCUGUCCCAUCGCCAUGACCAUUGCGCAUUGUGCGGAAGUUGCUGCUGAUAAUUGGACCAUCCGGCUAAAGAGACACAUUCAAGACAACAAGUGGGAGGAAGUGAUGUCUGUGGACGAGGAGAGCACAUCGAGCUACUGUCUGCUGGAGGCUCAGAGGUGUCACGUGCUGUUGGAGCAUCCAGGCCGCUACGCCCUGGUGGGGGAGCCGCUGAACCAGGAGGCGGCCAAGCGGCUGAGGCUGGCUGUGUUUGGCAGUCCGGAUACCAGCAACUCUCUGGGCUUCACCCUCAGGGUUUACUGUGUGGACGACACGCCCCAUGCAUUUCAGGAGGUGGCAGUGGGCGAGCGCAGCAGGGGCGGACGGCUGCUGGAGGAGCCUAAAAUUAUGCUGUUUCGGGGGAACACUUUCAGCCUCCAGGUGUCCAUCCAGGACGUCCCACAGUUACUCUGGAGCAUCAAGCCUUUCACCACCUGCCAGGAGUUCUCCUUUUCUCAGGUGUGGGCCAGCAACCAGCGUCCUCUGCAGUGUGCCUUCUCUUUGGAGCGAUACAGCCACUCCUCGUCUCAGCUCUCCUGCAAGAUCAGCAUCCGACAGGUCACAGGCGAGGAGCAGAUACUCCAGGUCUAUACGUCUGUGGUGGAGAAUGAAAAGGGAGUGGUUCCCUUUUUCACCCAGUCGGACUGUACCAUCACCUCUCAGACAGGGUCAAGGGCCUUUAAAAUCCCCCUGUCCAUCCGUCAGCGGAUCAGCGCCACCUUUGACACCGCUAAUGCCAACGGGAAGGACUGGCAGCUCUUGGCUCAGAAGCUCCACAUAGACAGGAACCUCUGCUACUUUGCAUGUCAGGAGAGCCCAUCGUCAGUGAUUCUGAGUUUGUGGGAAGCCCAGCACCAGGACUCAGGGGACCUGGACUCUCUGGCCAGUGCCCUUGAGGAGAUCGGCAAGGUUCAGUCCCCGAGGGCCGCCAUGCUUCCCUGCAGCAAAGAAGAGAGGGACUCUGAAUUCACAAAACUUGGGUAGGACAGAGUCGACGGCAGAUCAGAUCAUGAUGAACAUUUACUGCAUGAACACUGAUGAUCAGGUGGUUUACUAACUAACCUUUAGUGAGGAGGAGAAGGAGGAGAUGCAGAAAGUUUGGGACCGUUACAAAAGGAACACCUCUGCUAAACCAAAUGGUCCGAACAGACAGAACGGAAUGAAGAAAUGACAGAGAGAUGAGUGUUUGUGUUAUUGAGAGGCACCGACAAAUAUUGGAAAGGGAUAUGACUAAGCCCCACAACCAUCUUUGAUUGAGAAAUGUCAACUUCUGACACGUGUGAAGACCGAUUUGAUAACCUGUAUUCACGGAUUAUAGCUGUCUGUGUGAGGAAGUCUCUCCUUGUAGGAUGGAGUGUGUUUCAAACAGACUGCCAGUCAGGCUGCUGUUGUGACCUUCCAGGAUUGGAUUUGCUGGUACUUGCCCUCAAAGAGUCGGCCGAGCUGUCAAAAUGUUUGGUGUGAUGUCAUUUUUCUGUCAUUCAUUUUCUAGAUGCUUCUUUUUCUUUACUGCACCGUGUCUCUAAUGUUUCAGCUGGAGUUAGAUAAAAAAAAAUAUAUAUAUAUAUACUGACUCUUAAUUUUUGUCAGAGCAUCGUGUCCAUACCAUGGGAUCAAAAACAAGAGUGUCCACGGUGAUUAGUAUUUAAGAGGAGUUAAUGAUGCUAUAAAUAAAAUAACGUAAGGAUGUGUACGGUGUGACUUACACUGACAUGAACAGUCGUUUUAGGAGUCGCCCACAUCCACAAAAGAACGGUUUCAAUCCCACAAACACAACAGUUUGUCAAAGCAAAGGCUGCAGAGGAGGAUAAGGUACCCGGCUGAUCUGUGCCUCAUCUGGCAAUGCAGCCAGAGGUGAACUGCAUCCCCUUACUUUUCAAACUCUAAUUAAUUUGGAGGAAAAUUAAUGUUUCACUGUGGGACAAGUGACUUCAAAACCAAACAGACAGUGGGAGCGCUACAUACCCCGCACAUAGCUGGUACUGGUGUAUUGGUGUGUACUUUUAAGGCCUAAGGGGCUUCUGUUUUUUUCUUGUUUUUUUUUUUUAAUUAAAAGAAUGACUUCUGAUGUGUGGCUUUACUGGAGCUGCCUCUCUCAGAUUGCCUGGCUCAUCAAAUACCUGGACGUCGCUAUUUGGAGACACUUUCAUUCCCUCUCCUCUGUGUUCUCUCCCUGGGCAGAGCCAGCAUCCAUUUGAAAAAGAUAUCCUGAUCAGGAAAGAUCCCCACAUUCAGAUGCCCCACCUGCCCCCAAGCUUAAUAAAGUGACUUUGUGUUUAA